UCUUCUUCGGGUCAACAAAAGUUCACAAUAUAUUGUCGGAUUUCUGAUAAGCCGGGCAAUAUUCGACUUUCAUCUCGAGAGCCGGGCAUUAAACGUAACGCGUGUGUUUUGAAUCCGAUCAUUUGUCACCGAAACACCCCCGGGAGCGGACAAAAAAAUCACUUCACCGGCAGUUGCCUUUGUAUUUGACUGAAAAAAAUAUGGUUUUCAUCACCAAAUUCGCACGGAUUGGGCUGCAGGCUGCCCGCCAGCUGAGUGCCACGCCCCUUGCCGCCGUCCACGGGCGCGCCUUCCAUCUGACAAGCCUGCUAGCCAAAGAACGUCGCUACACAAACAAACACGAGUGGGUGGAACUGGUGUCCGGGAACAAUGCCAUCGUGGGCAUCUCCAGCUACGCCCAGGAGGCCCUGGGAGAUGUGGUCUUUGCCCAGCUGCCGGAACCGGGCACGGAACUCAAGCAGGAUGACGAAUGUGGAGCCCUGGAGAGUGUUAAGGCGGCUAGCGAGGUCUACUCCCCAGUCAGCGGCAAGGUGACGGAGAAAAACGCCCUGGUGGAGGACACACCGGCUCUGGUGAACAGCAGCUGCUAUGAGAAGGGCUGGCUCUUCAAGGUGGACCUUAAGAAUCCCCAGGAACUGGACGCCCUCAUGACCGAGGAACAGUACAAAACCUUUGUGAGCAGCAGUGGCGAUCACUAGGACCAGCAGCUAACCCAGCAUCCAACCACCUUGACUGUAGCCCUAAAACAAACGAUCUAGCAUUUGUUAUCAACUACACGCAUACCCAAAAAUCACCAACUAAACUCAUCGCCAUACACACGUUGUUGUAGCACUUGAAAUUUGUUACGAAUAAGAAUCAACAGUAAAUCCAAA